AACCCAAGAACAUCAAGUCAUCCCUCACUAGAUUAUCAAUCUUCAAAGUUAUUCCUUGUCUCUUUGUCCGCAUCGUCAUCGUGAUAUCAUCAUCAUCAUCAUCAUCAUCGUUGUCGUCGUCAAACUGAAACUCCUUCAAGCUUUAUCAUGAUCCUACGAAAAUAUGCCCCUCUCUUCGGGCCAUUCAUUCAAUCUCUUGCUCAGAACCUCGCCUCUCGAGCUGCAUAGUCGGAUUCGUCCAUCCAAUCUACGUUGGUCCUUUAAGGCGUCCAUUCCCAGGCCAAAGCUGGCCUUUCGUCUCUUGUUGCCUCCCCAAGGUCCGUCCUUGUUGUUCGUCCAGGCGUGGAUGGAAGUGGAGAAGUGGCCCUCCUAGUGGGCUUGCUUCACAUGAAGCCCACUGUGCUGGCCUUUGUUAGAAACGAGACUACCCCAAAUUCUUGGAAAAUUUAGUCGCACACCAUCACCCAGAAAUGGGCACAGAUUGCUCAGAAAAAGGAAAAAGGAUGAGCACCCUUUGCCCUCGUCAAGAAAUGCAUGAAGGACGAAAUCUUAUAGAGCUCCUGGGAAAUCAAAAAAACAUGUCUUCCGAUGAUCGUGUUUUUGCCAUACCUCCUCUCUCUCUCUUGGGAUAAGGAGAAAAGAGGGAAAACACUCAACAUUCCGAUUGAUUGAGUCCGUAGACUAUAAUAGAGCGAGAGUGGAGCAGUUUCAGAUCGGGAUUCCCAAUCUCUGAUGGAAGUGAACUUGUGUUCCAAUUUCCACUCAUUUCCUUCGGAUGGAACGUGUAUAGAAGGGAAGGCAACCCUCGCGCCCGGAAAGUAAGUGGAUGGAACAAGGGAUAAAAGGAAGAAGAGAAGAAGAAGAAGUGGCGUAGCGCUCAGGGAAAAAUGCCAGCCCAACAGUGGAACGGGAGGAAGGAAAGGUUUCCAGGACAUCACACACACACACACACAUCUUUUCUUUGCCUCCUCUUUCGGAAUUGUCGUCCUUCAGUCCUCUGUUCUUGUUUGACUCGCUCCAAACCGAGAUCCAUACUGGGACCUGAAUGAGGCCGAGUCCAAGAGGAGUCUCACCAACCAGCCUUCGUUAUCUUGAAUGUUCCACAAACUCGAUCGACUCAUCCCACAUGAAAUCACCUCUAUGUGUUCGCUUUCGCCCUUGUGUGCUAUAAUGAGUGACAUGGAUUUCCCGUCUGAGAAAGGUUACGCAAAUAAAGACGGGAAGACUCACCUCCGACCGGAUCGUGUUUUAGAUUGGAACCAUCAUGCUGUGAAAAGACAAAUUCGAAGCCAGAAAGUCGAGAACCUCUUCAAAAUGGCCGAGCUUUGGAAGCAGUGUGCGGAUUGGUUGUGUCGAUUGGACGUGCUGCCCAAGAACCAUAUGAUCACGUGGCCGGAUGCCAAGAUCAAGCAAUUAGCUUUCACUCUCCGGGAUGGUGUGCUCCUCUGUCAUAUUGCUAAGAAACUCGACGAGACUUCGAUUGACAUUCGAAAUGCCAAUCUUCGCCCCCAGAUGGCCCAGUUCUUGUGCCUCAAAAACAUUCGACUGUUUUUGAUCUCUUGCGGGUCUAGCUUUGGUCUCAAAGAAACAGACCUAUUUCAACCGCAAAUGCUCUACGAUUAUUCAGACUUUGCCCGAGUCCUUCAUACAUUAUCCAAGCUAUCAAAUUGCCCCAAGGCCAAGGCUCUAGGGAUCCCUGGCUUCCCCCAACAGUACAAAGAGCCUUCCAAAGAUGAGGAGCAGAUCUACCGAACCCUCGAGGACAUGGUUAACGAGAACCAGUACAAGGACUUCUAUUUCAGCACCUACGGAGCAAACCAAGCCUACGGCCGAACUAAUCAGCAUUACUUCUCCGAGGGCAAAGAGGAAGAGGAUAUUUAUGAAGAUCUGUGCUAUUUUAGAAACACCGACGCCCAAGCUCCUCUCCAGAAAGAGCUCAAGGAUUUUCAACCUGUAGAGAGACGAGAUCAUUGUAUCAAAGAGCUAGUGGAAACCGAACAGAAUUAUGUCAACGCUCUCAAUAUGCUGAGAAAGCAUUUCAUCAAAGAUAUGAAGAGCAUGAAAGAUUCAGACAAGAAGACGGUCUUCAUGAACAUCAAAGAAUUGGGCGAGAUUCAUGCUGCAUUCUACCAAGACCUACUCGAAUCUGUCACGCAAAAGUCCAGAAAAAAGAUUGGCGAAAUCUUCAUCGAGUUUAAAGAAAGGUUUCUAAAGUACGGAACGUAUUGCUCGGAAUUGAACGCAGCCAUGGAUCUGUUGGAUACACUCUUGAACAAGGAUGUGAAUGUGAGAGAUGAGAUUUUGAAAUGCGAGCGGAAUGCCAACGAAGGAAAGUUUCGCCUCCGAGACCUUCUCACUGUCCCCAUGCAACGAAUACUCAAGUACCAUUUGCUGAUGCGAGAACUCCUGUCCAACACUCCAAACACUCACGAGGAAUAUCACACCAUAAAGCAGGCCCAUGAGGCCAUGUUGGACGUCUCGGAUUAUCUCAACGAGGUCAAACGAGACUCCGAGCAGCUCGUAAUCAUCAAAGCCAUCCAGAAUAGUAUCACCGAUUGGAAUAUGCCUGAAGGAAUGGAACUCAAGAAUUACGGCCGUCUCGUCAGGGAUGGCGAUCUCAAGGUUCAAAACCACGAGGCCAAUGGAAAGACUCGGCCUCGAUUCGUGUUUGUGUUCGAUCGAAUGAUCCUCAUGUGCAAGGCCACCCGAGGGGAUCACUACACCUUCAAAGAUUCGCUAAAUCUCUCUGAAUAUAUUGUUCAACAAGACAAUCCCAGCAAACGAAUGAGUCGAGACUCCCGCUGGGUUCAUAGCUUUAUUCUCGCUCACAAGGACCACGUGACGGCCUUCACUAUGUUCGCCAAGAGUGAAGAGGAGAAGAACCUGUGGGUGAAGGCUUUGAAGGAGGCAUACAAUAAGACGAAUCCUAGUCAUAUGUACCCCUCCACCCAUUUGCCCAUCAUGGAAUCGUUCGACCCGCCCACCUCGUGUAGCUAUUGCCAUAAACUUCUCAAAGGGCUCUUUUUCCAGGGAUACCGAUGUAAGAAUUGCCAAAAACCCAUGCAUAAGGAAUGCAUAACCUUGCUUACCAAAUGCGGCCACUCUCAACCACCAUCCCUUCCACCUCGACCGCCCUCGCUACUUCUGCCGCAGCCUUUAGCCAAUAUGACACAUAGCCUCGAUGAACGGAGCAUGUCCUUAAGGCGACAGAGCAGUUUGAUAUCCGUGGUUUCAUUGCCCCCACCCGCCAUCCCACCACCGGUGUUAAUCACGAAUGGCAGCAAUCCGGACUACAUCAACACCACCGUCAACGAUCAUCCUUGGUUCGUGGGCGCAAUGGGCCGAGAGGAGGCAAACAACUGCCUCAAUCCUUAUCCAACGGGAAGUUUUCUAGCCCGAAUUCGUCGGCAAAAUGGCGAGACUGCCGGCUACGCCAUGUCCUUAAAAACCCACGACGAUGUCAAACAUAUGAAAAUCUUCACCUCCCUGGAUUCUAAGGGUCGGGCUUCGUACCAGUACUACCUGGCCGACACGCGGAAGUUCGGAUCCAUUGUGGAGCUUGUCACUUAUUAUAGCAUUAAUUCCUUGAGUGAAUGUUUCAUUGGACUCGAUUCCGUGCUCCGAUUUCCCGUGGGAGAGCUCUCGAUAGCAACGGCUCUGUUCGAUUUUGAGCCCGACCCGAAAGAAAGGAACCAGUUACGAAUGAAAACUGGAGAUCGCGUAACAAUCAUCGAUAAGUAUGGGGACAGCCAAGGAUGGUGGAAAGCUUGCGACAACGUAACAGUAGGAUUUAUACCCAAAGACUAUGUGGAGGAAGUCUCUGGUGAAGACCAUAGAGCGAAUGGGAAAGAGAACGAGUUUCAUUCGGAGUCCGUCAAUGAAUCAUCCUUGGACGCGGGUGCCACUCCCCCUCCAGCUGUCGAGGCUAUGCUUGAAUGAUAUGUGAUUGAGUAGACAUUCAGUGCUUUUGCCACCUGUGAUACCCCGCCGACUCUCCCCUAAAAUGUCCAACUUGAUAUGAGUGGUCAUGCUGAUUUGCGCCUGCUUUAUACAAAUGAAACUGCUCCUUUCUAUUGUGA